CUGGAUUCGAACUUGUGUACACUGGCAAAUUUUCAGAACCAUUUCUUAAGUACCGCCGAAAAAUCCUGCCCUCAGCAAAUUUGCCAUCUACCAACUUCUACCCCAAUGGCCACGGCAGUUUUCAAGAACAUCUCUCCAAUUCCGGACGUGAACACGUUCUUGGACGUCGUUCUUUCUCGUACUCAAAGAAAGACGCCUACGGUCAUUCGAUCUGGCUUUAAGAUUUCUCGUAUUCGGGGUUUCUACGGCAGAAAAGUAAAAUUUACUCAAGAUACUUGUACUGAAAAGCUGGAUGCUAUCCUUCAAGAGUUCCCUAGACUCGACGACAUCCAUCCUUUUCACGCAGAUUUACUGAAUAUCCUCUAUGACAGAGAUCAUUUGAAAAUUGCUUUAUCGCAGCUUUCUACCGCAAAGCACUUGAUUGAAAAUGUGGCUCGUGAUUAUAUUCGCCUUUUAAAGUACGGUGACAGUCUCUAUCGCUGUAAACAACUCAAACGUGCUGCUUUGGGUCGUAUGGCCACAAUUAUCAAGCGUCAAAAGUCUUCACUGGGGUUUUUGGAGCAAGUGCGUCAACAUAUGUCUCGUUUGCCUUCGAUUGAUCCUAAUACUCGUACCUUGUUGGUAUGCGGAUACCCUAAUGUUGGUAAAUCAUCCUUUAUGAACAAGGUCACUCGCGCAGAGGUCGAUGUGCAGCCUUAUGCUUUCACUACUAAAUCUCUUUUCGUUGGUCAUUUUGAUUACAAAUACCUUCGCUGGCAAGUCAUUGAUACACCAGGUAUUCUUGAUCAUCCUUUGGAACAAAUGAAUACCAUUGAAAUGCAAUCCAUCACUGCGAUGGCUCAUCUUCGUUCUGCUGUUUUGUACUUUAUGGAUCUUUCAGAAAUGUGCGGUUACAGCAUUGCUGCUCAAGUUAAAUUAUAUCACAGCAUUAAGCCUCUGUUUGCCAACAAACUUACUCUUUUGGUGGUCAACAAGGUCGAUGUUAUGAGACCCGAAGAUUUGGACCCUGAAAGCCAAGAGUUGAUUCAAUCCAUUUUGGCAGAUGGAAAUGUGCAAAUGGUUCAAACCAGUUGUGUUAGUGAUUUGGGUGUAAUGGACGUCCGCAACAAUGCAUGUGAAGCCCUUUUGGCUGCACGCGUUGAGCAGAAACUGAAGGGCACACGUGUGAACAAUGUCUUGAACCGUAUUCACUUGGCAGAACCUGCUGCCCGUGAUAAUGCCAGUCGUCCAGCAAUCAUUCCCGAUGCUGUUAAGAACCGUCGUGCUUAUGAUCCUAAAGAUCCCACCCGCCGUAUUCUUGCUCGGGAUAUUGAAGCUGCUAAUGGUGGUGCUGGUGUAUUUAAUGUUAAUUUGCGUGAUAAGUACAUGCUCGCUAACCCUGAAUGGAAGUACGAUCGUGUUCCUGAGUUGCUUGAUGGCAAAAACGUGGCCGAUUAUGUCGACCCUGAUAUUGAAGCCAAGCUUGUUGCUAUGGACGAAGAGGAAGAGCGCAUGGAAAAUGAAGGUUACUAUAACUCUGAUGAAGAAGUUCCUGAGGAAGAAGAGGAGCGCCUUCUUACUGAGGCUGAGAAAAUCCGUGAAAAGAAUAAACUUAUCAGAAUGGCUUCUCGUCACAAGAAGAUCAAAAAUCGUCCCAUGUUGCCUCGUACUGCCGGUGUCCGUACUCUGGAUCAGUUGGAGUCUUCUUUGGAGAGCGCUGGUCUUCCUUCCCACUCUAUUGGCGAGCGUGCUCGCUCACGCGCCCGCUCUGGAGCUGCCGAAGAAUCUGCUCGUCUGUCUGGUGCAGACGUAGUUAUGCAGGAAGGAUCUGAAGUGCGCUCCAAAUCUGUCGCUCCCCGCUCACAGAGCAACAGACGUGAUGCAGGUUUGCAUUCUGAAGGAGGUCGCUCUUAUGCUGAACGCUUGAAUCGUGUCAAGCAGGUACACCGUAACCGUAUGGCUAGAGCCUCCGAAAGUGACCGUCAUGUUUUGGCUUCAAAACCCAAGCACUUAUUCAGUGGUAAACGUGGACUGGGUAAAACUCAAAGAAGGUAAAGUUAUGGUUUGGUAUGGAUUUUUUUAUUUUUAUUUUAAUAUAGUUUUGGUGCACUUUUCAUUCUCUUCAUAGUUUGGAUAAUUCGGUUGGAUAAAAAUAAACAGGUAUACUAUUUGUUUCAUCUAUCAAUGUCUUCAUUUCAUUAUUUAAUGAAUUCUCAAA